CUUGACCGUUGCCAUGACCGACAGCAACAGGCCAAACACACCUGAUAUUUCUCACUGUUACAGUGAACCCUGUUUUCAUUUACUGCAACAGCCAUGAGCCGAUACCGACAUUCAGUUGAGCAAAGACUCACAGACUUUGACUACACACAGCUGACGCAGCUUACCCAGCUAAAUGAAAGUAUCAGUUCAGAAAAGGCCCAUAAAAAAUUCAUGAAACUUUAUCAAGAAAUAUUCCUGCGCCCUCAGACAUUUUUACCCAGAAUACAACUCAAGACCAGCAUCCAACCUCCAGUGAAGCUGAGAGCAUAUGAGUCCGUCCAGGAGGUCAGCAGACAUCAGCCACAUGGAAAACUGGCUCAGGAAUCAGUCAUGAAUCAUGUGAUCAAAGCCCUUAAGAAAUUCCCUAUUGAGAGAUCGCAGUCAGAGCAUCAUACCAUUUAUAAACUGCUGAAGGGAGUCCACAGUCUGACCUCGCAGCUGGGCUCGCAGGAGCUGAAACAGAUUAGUACCGUCACCACCAUCGAGACCUGGGACCGUGGACAGAUCAUUUUCGGACAUAAUGGAUUUUACCUCGUUCUGAAGGGCUCGGUGAAACCAUUCAACCACGAAACCCUUAAAGAGGAUCAGACAGUCUCUACGAUUUCAGCUGGAGGUUCAUUUGGAUCCUGUGAAGCUGUAAACGCUGUAGAUGGAGGUGCCGUCAUCCAGUGUGUCAUGACACUCGAGACCUGCGAGAUUCUCAAAAUAUCUCACUCUGGCUACGAGAAGCUAAAAAAGGACCUCCUGGCACAGGACCAUGAAGUUAAAGUGUCUUUGAUCCAGGGUUGCCAGCUGUACCUUCACUGGCCAAAGCUUUCCAUCAACCACCUGGUCGGCGGCAUGCAGCUAAAAACAUUCCCUGCUAAUCAAGUGCUGGUGAAAGAGGGAAAGAUCUGUCCGUUUGUGGCCUUCAUUGGACGUGGAGAAUGUAACAUCCUUCAGGACGUAGGAUUGUUAAAACCUGUGGACAAAAAGGGCUGCAGGAUCAGAUUUGUGAUGGUCGGUAAGCUGGGUCCAAAGCAGUCGUUUGGAGAGGUCAGCAUCCUGUUGAACCAGCCGUCGCCUUGUACUGUUAUCACUGCCACUGAAGUUCAUGGUGGAAUCAUUCAACCAGAAUGUCUUAAAGGAUUGGACUCAGUGACCACUUCUCUUAUACUGCAGAUUGCACAACCAGUGUGUGGAAAGCUCAGUGAGGAGGAAGUCAUGAAGGAGUUCCUGACACAGGAGAGGAUGAAGAAAUGGGAACACGAGAAGAGGAAAAUACUUUCCGAUGCUCUGUUUUAUAAUGGCGUUCACCCAGGAAGAGGCAAGUGGACUUUUAACAGAGGACCAAGAGGAGGGACUGGGAAAUCCAAGACGUCCAUAUGAACUUUUGUCAGAUAAACACGCACACAAAUACAAAUGGAAUCAUGUUAGGGUUUGCACAGACUACUCAACUAAUUCUGCCACCUCAUAAGAGUAGGAUGAGAAUUGCUCUGUCCAGAAACUAGAUAUUUGUAAAUACAAAACACUUUUAUUUAAUUUUCACAUUUGCAUAAUUCCAGAUAUAUUUGGAAAUGUGUCUGGAA